AUGGUGGCAAAAACUCAGAUCGACUGCCACCCGCGUCUUGAAAGCUUCCUGCGGCACCGUGGGCACUAUCGUAGCUUUACGUGGCUGGCCAUGUAUGGCGCAGAGACCGCGAAGCCGGUCAAAUUGUUGUCGAAUGAUCAUUUCGUGACGUGGUUGUAUCGGAAGCUGAACCGAAAGAAGGUGGGUCUGGGCAAGUCGAAGGCCUGCAAGCGCUAUGUGGACCGGCAUGGUGUCUUGCGAUAUGUGGGCACCAAGAAGCUCAAGAGUACGCAGACGCUAGAUUCCGUUGAAGAGUUGCUGGAGACUAUGGUCCAGGAUCGCGAGCGGUACAGGCAGAUCAACU